AUGGCACAAAAAGAAGAGACCCGACCGCGACGGAAAGCUCAAGGCAAAGGCUUCUCUGGCGGCCUCCAGCAGAUCAAAGUGGCCCAGGUGGCACAGGAUGGUACCUCCCAUUGGGUAACAUGCCAGUCUAAACGUCUUGUGGAAGAAGGCUGCAUGCAAGAGAACUGGCUCCAGUAUGACCAGACCCGCUACCCCUACCCCACUCCACCCAUGACUGAACCUUUGUACCCCGACUUCAAUGGCCCCAAUGCCGAAAGAAACAGCCAAGCACUGCUCCGGGGUCUCUGUGACGCCGAGACAGCGGAUCCUUACCUGGUGUCAUUCCUGGACCAUUGCCGACGGCCGGAGGGCUUGGAAGACCAGCCACUGGAAGUGGACCUGGAGGACCAUGUUAGCUUCUGGCAAACCAGGCGAGAUUUGGGUGGACCUCAUGCGCACGAUUCAAAUGAUGAAUUUGGAGCUGCAGGCCAACAACAAGAGAGUGGGGAAAUCGGCCAUGGCCUAUGCAGAGCAGCACAACUUGAUCCAAAAGGGACAACAUGGGUCUCGCAAGCGUCACCAGGCCAUCGAUCUGGCCCUGACAAAGCGUCUCACUUGGGACCUACAAGCAUAAUUGCAACAGGGACAUUCAGCCUGCAUGUAUUCAACUAUGCCUGGACAUUGACAAAGGUGAAUAUGAAUGUGACAUGGCUUACCAAAUCAUCCACAAGUGGUCAGAAAUUGACAAGGACAACCCCAUUGUUUGGAAGCUCAAAAGAGUUGUCUGCCACCAUCACUACAUUCAACAUGAACACCCUUCUUACCUGGGUCUGA